AUGGCCACCACCGCCCUCCUCCUCCGCGCCCACCACGCCUGCCGGCCGCCGCAGGCCCCACGGCCCGCGCCGCCGGGGCGGGCGGCGAUCGUCUGCAGGGCCACGGCGUCCGUGUCGGCGGGGCAGGCGCUGCGCUCGCUGGCCCCGCCGCCGCGGCCCGAGCUGCUGUCCCUCGACCUGCCCCGCUACGACCCGGCGCGCUCCCGGCCCGUCGACCUCGCCGUCGUGGGCGGCGGGCCCGCGGGGCUCGCCGUGGCGCAGCGCGUCGCCGAGGCGGGCCUCUCCGUCGUCUCCAUCGACCCCUCCCCGGGCCUCGUCUGGCCCAACAACUACGGCGUCUGGGUGGACGAGUUCGAGGCCAUGGGCCUCUCCGACUGCCUCGACACCGUCUGGCCCUCCGCCUCCGUCUUCAUCGACGACCGCACCUCCAAGUCGCUCCACCGCCCCUACGCCCGCGUCGCCCGCCGCAAGCUCAAGUCCACCAUGAUGGACCGCUGCAUCGCCCACGGCGUCCGCUUCCACCAGGCCAAGGUCGCCAAGGUGGUCCACAACGAGGCCUCCUCCCUCCUCAUCUGCGACGACGGCGUCGCCGUCCCGGCCACCGUCGUCCUCGACGCCACCGGCUUCUCCCGCUGCCUCGUGCAGUACGACAAGCCCUACAACCCGGGAUACCAGGUCGCCUACGGCAUCCUCGCCGAGGUCGACGAGCACCCCUUCGACAUCGACAAGAUGCUCUUCAUGGACUGGCGCGACUCCCACCUCCCCGAGGGGUCCGCGAUCAAGGAACGCAACAGCCGCGUGCCCACCUUCCUCUACGCCAUGCCCUUCUCGCCCACCAGGAUCUUCCUCGAGGAGACGUCGCUGGUCGCGCGCCCGGGGCUCUCCAUGGACGACAUCCAGGAGCGCAUGGCCGCGCGGCUGAGGCACCUGGGAAUUCGCAUCAGGAGCGUCGAGGAGGACGAGCGCUGCGUGAUCCCCAUGGGCGGGCCGCUGCCCGUGCUGCCGCAGAGGGUGGUAGGCAUCGGCGGCACGGCCGGGAUGGUGCAUCCCUCCACAGGGUACAUGGUGGCGCGCACAUUGGCGACCGCGCCCAUCGUGGCAGACUCCAUCGUGCGGUUUCUAGACACCGGCAACGGCGGCAUCGCCGGGGACGCGCUCGCCGCCGAGGUGUGGAAGGAGCUGUGGCCGACGGACAGGCGGCGGCAGAGGGAAUUCUUCUGCUUCGGCAUGGACGUCCUGCUCAAGCUGGACCUCCAAGGUACACGACGCUUCUUCAACGCGUUCUUCGACCUCGAGCCGCACUACUGGCACGGCUUCCUCUCGUCGAGGCUGUUCCUGCCCGAGCUCUUGAUGUUCGGGCUCUCGCUGUUCGCGCACGCUUCCAACACAUCGAAGCUGGAGAUCAUGGCCAAGGGCACCGUGCCUCUUGCCAAGAUGGUCGGCAACUUGAUACAGGACAAGGAUAGGUGA